CCAAAAUGGCGGCGGAUCGAUGGAGUUUAUCGGUUCUUGUGUGUGUUUUACUAUUUUCAUUUUCCACAAUCGUAGAAACACAAAAUGAGUACGACGAUAAAGCUAGAGAGAAGGCAGCUGCUGAGAAAGUGGAGAAAUACAGUGCUAUCGACUCGGCAUUUUUGCUUGUCAUGAUGUUUUUGUUGAUUGUCACCGUGUUAACCGUAUGGUUGUUUAAAGUGAAGCGUUUCCGCUUUCUGCACGAGACGGGAGUUUGUAUGAUAUACGGUAUGAUAAUUGGCUUUCUCAUAAAAUAUAUCAGUGGAAAUAAAAGAGUGGCAAUUUCUCACCCAAACUGUACCAUAACCAGUCCAACAAAGAAGCUUUAUAUCAGUUUAUCUAAUGGCUCAAAGUAUUCAUAUACAUUGCUUGGACAAGUGCAGGAUUCUAGCCUUGAUCAGGGGAGUGAGUUGGAACAGAUGGCUGUAUUUGACCCUGAAAUAUUUUUCUACGUUCUACUGCCACCAAUUAUAUUCUAUGCUGGAUAUGACAUGAAAAAGCGCUUUUUUUUCCGAAACAUUGGUGCCAUCCUAACAUACGCAUUUGUUGGAACAACUAUAUCGUGCAUUGUGUUUGGGGGGACAAUAUAUGCCUACACAAAGUUUGAUUCUAGUGUAGUGGAAGGUUUUGAUUUCCUGGAAUGCCUCAUAUUUGGAUCACUGAUUUCAGCCACAGAUCCAGUUACAGUGCUGGCCAUUUUCCAUGACCUGCAUGUGGAUGUGGAUCUGUAUGCUUUGGUGUUUGGUGAAAGUGUCAUGAAUGAUGCCGUGGCCAUUGUUCUUUUCAGAUCUGUAGAGACAUAUUUGGAUAAAGGCAGUGGCUUUCAAGUUAAUCGUCUCUUUGAGUCAGUGGGUGUGUUCAUUGGUGUUUUCUCAGGUUCUUUCUUUCUUGGUUUUGGUAUGGGUCUUGUUACGGCUCUUGUGACAAAACUCACCAAACUGUCAGACUUUCCUCUGUUGGAGACAGCCUUGUUCUUUCUUCUGUCAUGGACCACAUUUCUCAUGGCAGAGGCAGCCAAUCUAACAGGGAUUGUUGCAGUUCUUUUUUGCGGAAUAUCUCAAGCUCAUUACACAUAUAACAAUUUGUCAGAGGAGUCAAAACAGAACACAAAACAGACUUUUGCACUCUUAAAUUUUCUAGCGGAGAGUUUUAUAUUUUCGUACAUGGGGUUAUCUCUCUUCACCUUUCAACAUCAUCAGUGGAAUUUUGGAUUUAUAUCAUGGACAUUUCUUGCCAUGACUCUAGGAAGGCUUUUAAACGUUUAUCCAUUAUCAUUUUUACUAAAUUUGGGAAGACACAGAAAGAUUAGUUACAAAUUUCAGCACAUGAUGGUGUUUGCAGGUUUGCGAGGUGCCGUUGCAUUCGCUUUGGCCAUGCGUAACACGGAAUCAGUUCCUCGUCAGAUGAUGUUGACUUCAGUGCUAGUUGUGGUUUUAGUAACUGUUAUUUUCAAUGGAGGUGCCACCAUGUCGGUACUCUCAGCUUUAAAGAUAAGAGUCGGCGUGGAUCCGGAAGAAGAAGAGAAGCAGUCUACCUAUGUUUCGGUCAGCACUAAUGGAGACGAAAAUCUUAGAUCUGCGCAGACUCAUUACGAAAGAGCGUGGAUCUUCAGAAAGUGGUACGACUUUGAUGUCAAGUAUAUGAAGCCUAUUUUUACUAACUAUGGCCAGCCUCUGACAGAGACUUUACCGGGUUGGUGCGGUCCUCUUGCAAGAUUCCUCUCAAGAUCACGGCCUGAUACAAAGACAGAAACCGUGGCAACAGAUAGCGACGAAGACAUGCUCAAUAUAAAUGGACAACUGAGUUUUACCAGCGAAGUAAUGGUCAGACCUGCAAGCGGCAGUGUGAACAGCGGUGAGCCACCUGACCAGAUGAGGGAAGGCGACCUGGGACUAGGUGCUGAGCAAAUGACAACCAGGGCAUGAAUAAUUUUAUCAAACAAAAGGUUUCUGUAAGUGCUUGACUAUAACAACAAAAGUUUACCCCCUUGGAGUCAAAAACAACAGUUAAUCGCCAAGUUUCAGCCUCAGAUGAGUGCUUAUCAAUUAGCCUAUAACUUAGAAAAAAUCUGCUUCUCUUGGUGAAAUAUGACUACGUCUAGGAAAAACGUGUUUUUUUUUUUUUACUUGCCGUUAAAACUGGAAUUACCUCUGGCAUACUUAGCCGCGUAGGCUUAUGCUGUUUAUUUUGCUUCUCACCCACUGAAAAUGUCGGGAUCCUACAGUCUAACGUUUAUAGCCUCCCAUGUAGUAUUCUUAGGAAGUCGCUACACUUCUUAGUCACAAAAGAAUCGUAUUUCUUGCCAUUUUGUUGCUAGAUCCAUGCGUUUCCUAUUGGCCAUUUUCGAUAUAUUGAGAUUCUAUCACGGCUCCGAGACUUGGGGGAAUUUAACAAAAAAGAUUAGUCCUUCUUCCCUCGACCUCGAUGUGAUUUUUUUUUGUUUUAUUCCCCCCAAGCCUCGGAGCCAGUGAAUUUUAGUAUGCCGAAAAUGGUCUCUCAUUUCCAGUUUCUUAUUUUUUCAAGCCAUUUACCAUUGAAGCGGUGUGAACGAUGCCCGGUUCACGAACGGUUUAGAUUUCAGAUCUUAAGAAAGCAAUUUUUACUGGCCGGGUUGCUGUUAUAGAAUGUCGGUUGCGGGCUCGCAAGUAACUGUUCAGGGUUACGUAACGCGUUGGAAUGGACGUGCAAUGAAUUUGCAAAUGGCGACUUCAGAGGGAGCUUAAAAACCGUCAAGUAUUUACAAUUUUUGUCCCCUUAAUGGGAUUCAUAAUUUUGAAGUAGUCUUUCCUCUCGUAACAAUUUAUUAGAGAGGAGUAAUAUUAAAUGGCUGAUCGUUUGAAAACAUGUUUAAUUCAGUCCCAACAGGGACAAGAAAUUUCUUGCAAAGUCUGUUAAUUUACUGAUAAAAAUAAAGAUGAGAUAGGAAUUAAAUUUAAUUUCAAUUACAUCAUUGAUAGUCAAAUUUUUUAAAAUACCAGAAAUUGGUUAUGAAGGUGAUAUUUGUCAUAUGGGGAACACUUCAUGUCUAAAAGCAAAUCGACUACUCAACCUUCUGACUUUACUAAUUAAUAUAAAGCGACAAAACUGGGAUAAGCUCUCAAAGUCAUAGUUAAAAAGUGAUCUCUCUGAGGAAAAAAUUAAUUUAAAAUUGAACAUCUUAUUUUAAAGAUUGUACCUGUUGAGACUAGCUUGUCUAUUUGUUUUGAAUCAUGUCUAAAAAUGUUGAACGUAGGUGAUAACUCCUUAAACUUAGUAAGCUUUUUAUUUCUAGUUUUUCUAUCUGUACUUAAGGUCAUAGGUCACAAUUGUUUUCCUUCAAGUAAAGCAAUUUUUUCUAGCUGUUAUGCGAGAAAUUGUAUUUGAAAGGAAUUAAGUCAUUCAGUUGAUGCAAAUUUAACGUGAUUUUAAUGAAAUUCUCUAUUUACACCACUUUGCCUGGAGGAAGUUAAAACAUAAGAAGAUUUUCCUAUUAAAAUUCGCUCAGAUUGUAAUAAAUAGAAUAAUCCAUAGAACACUCUCGUCUUACUUUUUUUUUCUAUCGUUCACGGCAUAUCGGUACUAUUACGAGAUAGCACCUUCAUCUUCAAUAUUUAGUUCUUUGUCUCAAGACAUUAGAUCUUAAGAGAAAGAUAUCAACUAAGCCACCAAUAAUUUGUAUGAGAGAUUUGAUAUCUUGCGAAAAUGUAUUUUUCUCAAAUAAAGAGUAAUAGCUUAUUAUCAAA